CAGUUAGUCGGCAACAACAGGAAAAAUAGAAGAUAGAAGAAGAAGAAGAAGAAGAAGAAGAAGAAGAAGAAGAGAAGAAGAAGAAGAAGUAGAGCGAACAAACAGAAUUUCUGGACCUGCUGUGUUAAUCCAUGAGUAGGUCUUUUGAGUGAAGAGGAGAUCUGAGGCUCAAUUGAAGAAAUAUGAGUGCUUCUAAGUGGGUUUGCUCUGGCCGCCCAUUCUUUAACUUGUCCUGCAUCACCACCUCAAUUAGCUGCCUAAAGUCGAUCUUCUCAUUGUAUGCUAGGGACAGAGGUCCAGGAUAGAUAACGUUCCUCCAUCAUACCUGAGAGGAUGAUGCUUUCAUGGAACACAUCCUACGCCUGCUUCCCCCUUUUCCGCCUCAAUGGGAUGAAUCGCCUUCUCCUUCCUUCAUACGUAAAUUAAAAAAAUACGAUUUUUGUUUUGGCUAGGGACAAAUGUCGUUGUCACAAUUUAGGCCAACUGGUCGGUGGGGUCUAGGGAACCUUGAUUAUUACCCUAAAGAUCGAUCAUAGAAAGAGGUUGGUGUCAUCUAUGGUGUUAUUAGUUGUCUCAAUAAGCCCUAGGUUCGAUAAUGAUCGCAUGUGUUCUAACGGCAUGAAGCAACAAGCUGAUAGUAUUGAGUCAAGGCUCCAAAGACUUCACCCAAGAAGAUGCCUACAACAGAAUGUUUUCCAGGAUCUGUUAAUUUCAAAGCUGACGAAUCUUGUGAAGUGGAGUCUUUUGAAUUCAGAAAGAGUUCUCAAUUUAAUGGGCCAGCAUCAUUCAUUGCUUCUGAAUCUGGAAUCAAAGUUGAAGAAUAUUUUGAAUGCAGAGAGAGUACUCAUAAUAAUAUGCCAGCAACAUUUAUUGCUGUUGAAUCUGGGAUCUUUUAGGCAAUCAAGAAGAUCCGUUUCUCACUUACUGUUCUUCUCAUGGGAGUUGGUAUUGCAACUGUAA